AUCGUCGUAUCUCGUUCUAUUUAUCAUAUUCCGUUUAUUUUCCGUUGAGUUUUCGAGUAUGAAAGAGGCUAUAAUCAUUACCACGUGCCUGUUGGGUUUCGUGUUUGCUGGAAGUCCUAGACUGCCGAGAACCUCUGCCGACGAGCGUAAUACACGUAAUGUCACUAACAAUGGAAGCAUCGUCACUGGAAAUACGAUGUCGGCACCUAUCCGCAAUCCUCAACGAAACAGAGAACAGUACCUCUUCAAUGUUUUCGAGGUAAUAGUUUCGACUCUGGAAUCAAAAUUGCAGCGAAUCGAAAAUCUAGACAAAGCGGUGGAACAUCUGAUGAGGAGAGUAGAAGCUUUGGAUUCGCGCGUGAACGAUAACAUCGAUAAAACCGAUGCGGUAAUUACCAAGCUUCGAACGUUGGAUUUGAAGCUUUUUAAUUCGCCAGCAAUGUUUUUGCCAACCGAACGUGUCGUCUAUUCAACAAAACUACCCAAUGAUAAAAACAACAGUGAAAUCGGAGGCGAGAAAACAGCUUCGACGAUUCAAACGAUUCAUAACGAUCGAAGAGAUCCAUCGUCCGAGAGCCUCGGUGAUAAAUUAUUGUCGCUCGAUCAAAAGGUUUCCGAUAUAGACCACAAAUUGGUCGAUCUCAAGAAUCAAUUGGACAAUAACUUUUUACAAAACGAUGACAUAAAUGCCGAAGCAAGCGAAAAAAAGCCAGUCAGCAUGAGCGUAAUCGAAAUCACAAAAGCGAUGAGCAACGAAGUAAUGAAUCACAUUACGAUCGAGAUUGAAAAUCUAAGACAGACUACGGGUAACAUGGACAGAAAGUUGCAGUUUCAUAUGAACUUGGUCUCGGAUCAUUUGGAGUCGGUUUACAAUAUGAUGACGGAUGUGCACGAUGCGAUUCUUGUAAGAGGCCACGGAAACGCAAACGUAAACGCAAACGUAAACGUAAACGCAAACGCAAACGCAAACGCAAACGCAAACGAUCAACGAAUUAUCAACGUUACUACGACCACGGAAAUACCGUCGAAACAAAAUAAGAUCGACCGACUUGUUGAACAGAUGUAUCCUAUGUUGACUGUUUCCGAAAAGAUGGACGAAGUUUGGAACAUUGUGGUUGGCACGAAAAGUUCCGUGGACGAUCUUUUGCCAAAAUCGGAGGAAUUACUAACGCAAACGCAAAGGCAGGAAAGAGCGAUAAGCGAAAUUCACGCGGAUUUAAGAUCAAAGACAAAUCUGAUUAUCGAAAACUUGGAAGGAGUCGAGAAUAGGUUGAGGAAGCAAGAGGACGAUGUUGCUACUCUUGGCCAACGUCCAAUACCGGCGGAACUAUUACUCGAUCCCACGAUCGAUCGACUCGUCGAAUAUGAUUCGAGUAGAUACGUUGGAUUAUCUGAAGAUCUUACGACCGAAACCACCGUUUCAACGAUGACGCCAACCACCGUCGUUUCAUCGGUGUCAAUGUCAAUGUCUUCUUCGACGUCGUCGAAUAUCAUACCGGUCACUAAUUUUAACAAUUCUAAUAAUAUCGAUGGUACUAGUAAUUUCUCUAAUUCGAGCACAGCCUCUGGGACAUCACCGUCCUCGAGUACACAAAGAUCUUUGGUUAAAAAUCGUGGCGUUAUAUUUCCAAGUGUGAAAAACAAACCCAGUCCGGCGAAUUCGACUUUCACCACUGAUGCAUUUCUCAGUUAUAAGGAUGUUAAGGGCUAUUCGUGUGUCGAUUUACUAAACGCGGGCAUGAGGGAUAGUGGUGUCUACUACCUUCAAAUACGCGGUACAACCUACUGGUUCCUAAAAGUUUAUUGCGAACAAGACGUCGCCGAAGGAGGUUGGACGGUUAUUCAAAGAAGAGACGACUUUGGGGAGCCAAGAGAAAAUUUCAAUCGAGACUGGGCAGACUACAAAAACGGGUUCGGCGAUCCUGGCAGAGAAUUUUGGCUUGGUAACGAGAACAUAUACAUGUUAACGAAUAACGAAGACUAUAUGCUUAGAGUGGAACUCGAAGAUUUCGAAGGAAACAAAAAAUACGCACAGUAUUCUCAUUUUAAAAUUUACUCGGAAGCAGAGUAUUAUAAAUUAGAGAUCGAUGGUUACGACGGAAAUGCAGGUGAUUCCUUAAACGAUCCUUGGUACGGUUCAAAUAAUAGUCCUUUCUCGACGUAUAACAGGGAUAACGAUAGAUCGUCGUUGAAUUGUGCUUCCAUGCUCAAGGGUGGAUGGUGGUGGAAAUCAUGCGGACGCGGAUUGAAUGGUCUUUACUUGAACGAUCCUCAAGACUUGACCGCUCGGCAAGGUAUCGUAUGGUUCCGUUGGAGGGGUUGGGAUUAUACGUUAAAACGAGCUACGAUGAUGAUUAAACCAAAAGGACCGACAACACCAAUAUAGAUUAUUCAAAUUUCCUAGAAGAAGCAAAUAUACUAGAAAAGAUUCUAUAAAUUACGUUAUGCGUUGCGUUUCGUACAGAUGGUGCAAUUCUCCGUAACGACCAAAUAUACAUAUACAAAACUUUGGAAGCGCCAAACAAUUUCUUUUUAGAGAAUACACGUUUCCUUCGUUAUUCCUAAACGCGAUUUUGUUUGGAAUUCCAACGUUGAUAAAUAUUUAUUUUUCUCGAAAG